AUGUGGCUAGUCCUUGACAAUGAAGAUGAUGACACUGAAUUGCCACUUCUCGAACGUCAAAAGCAAACUGGUGUUAGCCGUCAAGCUAAUCCUACAUCCUCUCCCAACCUGACAGUUCCCUCCCAAGAACUUCCUCCAUCAGAACGUCGACACCUCAUUCGUGAUAGCCUCUCCAGGCGUUUCCAUCAUAACAGACUAAAGAGAGCUUUUCUUAUGAGACGUCCAGUAAAAGAGGAGGAAGACGAAUCGGAAUGGAAUGAGUUCAAUGAACUGACGGAAUCUCUACACCCUGAAAAUGACGCACCGCUGUUUUCGAAUCUCACAAUUUUCCUUCAGAACUCCUCAAAGGCAUCAGAUAUCUUACCCAACGGAGCAAAUUCCACCGAAAAAAACAUCCGUCUAUGUAAACUGCAAGUUAAAGUGUCCAGUCUGAAGGAUCUGCGUCGCCGUUGGAAGGUUUGA